CAACCAUUUCUUUUCCAGUCAUCUCCACUCUCGCCGUUCCCCGCUUCGACUCACACGCGCGAGAGAGGAGCGGAGAGCUCCUCGUCACCGUCUCGCGUGCGGCGAUCACCACAGGGUUCGAUCCAGAGGCUUCUCCGUCGCCGUCCAUGGUGAUUCUGGACCGCACGCCGGCCGCGGCGCCGGGGGUCACCUCCAGCCCGCUCCAGAAGUCCUCUCUUAGGGUUCUUCGGGAGGCGGCCUCGCCGCCCUCCGACCCCAUCCUCCCAUGCCUCAGGUCUAUCAGCAUGGCCAUGGAUGAGCUUGGGACAGGGCCACAGUGUGACCCAACAGCUUUAGACCAGCUCAAGUGUUACUUGACCGAAUGCAUUAGAAAAUAUGGGGAUGAGUACCAGUACUCCACUGAUCCGCGCCUCCUGAAGAUCUGGAUUCUCUAUGCGGAUGUAACUGAGGCCUUCCCCAAGGUUUACAAGCAGCUGGAAGAGAAACAAAUGUUCUUGGAGCAUGCACUGCUCUAUGAAUCAUAUGCAUUGUAUCUAUGUGCUGAGGGGAAACUGCAGGAGGCUGAUAAGGUGUAUGCGAUCGGUAUCUCCAGGAAAGCGGAGCCCCUUGAUCAUUUGAAGAAAACACACUUGACAUUUCUGAAACAUCUGGAGCAUUUUGUAGAAGAGGCAGACGUGGAUGCGCAGCCAUCAAAAAAACAGAAGAAUGAACCUAGUGUGGUAGAUCCGUGGUCCGUAUCUUCUAGGAACAAUUUACUGGAAACAAUUAACGAUGGCCUCAGGACGUUUGCUGGCUACCACAAGAGCAACAAGGUCUACUACGGAAAGGUUGCCUUAACUUCUUCACUGAAUAUUUUAAGAAACAAGGUCAUUGAGUUAGGUGGCAGGAAGUAUCAGAUCAAAGGAUCUACUGGCACUGGUGCUUUUGCCAAAGUAUACAAAGCCACUGUUGAUGGUAAUGCGGAAGAAAUGGUUGCUCUGAAGAUUCAGAAUCCCCCAUUUCCUUGGGAAUUUUACAUGUAUCGCCAACUUGAUAUGCGUAUACCUGAAGUUGAGCGACCAAGCUUUGGAUACGCGCAUGAAGUGCAUAUCUUCUCUGAUGUCAGUGUACUAGUCUGUGAUUACCUGCCAUACGGAACCCUUCUGGAUGUCAUAAACUCCCAUUUAGUAGUUGAUCGGCAUAUGGAUGAAGUUCUAUGCAUGUAUUAUACCAUUGAGAUGCUGGAAAUGCUGGAAACACUCCAUAGCGUUGGCAUAAUCCAUGGUGAUUUCAAACCUGACAACAUGCUCGUUUGCUACCCAAGUGGGGAUAUCACAGAAGAAACCUUCAGAAGCGAAACAAGAGACGAGCAGAAUCAGGGGCUCUGCCUUGUCGACUGGGGCCGCGGCAUUGACCUGAAUCUUUUCCGCACCGGCACCGAGUUCCACGGGGACUGCGGAACGUCGGGAUUCAGCUGCGUCGAGAUGCAAGAAAAUCGGAACUGGACGUAUCAGGUCGACACGUACGGCCUCUGCGUCAUCGCGCACAUGAUGCUACACGGCGCGGCCAUGAGCGUCGAGAAGGUGCCCAGGGCAGGGGGAGGCUACGAGUACCAGCCGAAGCUGCCGUUUAGAAGGUACUGGAACGUGGAGCUGUGGAGGAAGCUCUUCUCCACGCUGCUGAACGCGCCCUCCAACGGCAGCGACGUGGCGGCGCUCCGCGGCCUGCGCGCGUCGUUCCGGGAGCACAUGUGCGGCAGCCGGCAGCUCGUCGGCAAGCUGAGCCAGAUGCUGGCGAAGCAGAAGGCCUCCCUGUGCUCGUCCUGAGGCGCGCCGGCAGAUCGAUCGUUCCCCGAUGGCCCCGUGUCGUGACAGUCGAAGCGCGUCCGGCCGGGCUCCCCCCGCGUGUUCCCGAAUCCCGAGCACCGCUGGUGCCUUUCUGUGAUCCCCGUGUACUGUAUCUCCGACUAGUGUGGACGGAACAAUCUGUCACGUCACACUAAGUUUAACCUGGUAAGUUAUGUAUGUAAUCAAAACGAAACAACAGCGCCCAAAAGUCAAA